AGAACCCACAGCGGAACGGCCCAUUCCGCGUCCGCUCUCGUCCGUGUAAAUUUCCUCGUCGCUCCCCCUCCCAACCCUAGCCGCAGUACCCGUUCUUCGUUUCCUCCCCUCGCCGCCCGCCGACGCCGUCCGCCGACGCCGUCGCCAUGGGCAGAAGGCCUGCGAGGUGCUAUCGCCAGAUCAAGAACAAGCCGUAUCCCAAGUCCAGGUAUUGCCGUGGUGUACCUGAUCCCAAGAUCAGGAUCUAUGAUGUUGGAAUGAAGAGGAAGGGAGUUGAUGAGUUCCCCUACUGUGUUCACCUUGUCUCCUGGGAGAAGGAGAAUGUGUCCAGUGAGGCUCUUGAGGCUGCCCGUAUCGCGUGCAACAAGUACAUGACCAAGUCUGCAGGAAAGGAUGCCUUCCACCUGAGGGUCCGGGUUCACCCGUUCCAUGUGCUCCGCAUCAACAAGAUGCUUUCGUGUGCUGGGGCUGAUAGGCUCCAGACUGGAAUGAGGGGUGCCUUUGGCAAGCCCCAGGGUACCUGUGCUAGGGUGGACAUUGGCCAGGUCCUCCUUUCUGUGCGGUGCAAGGACAGCAAUGCUGCCCAUGCCAGCGAAGCUCUGCGUCGGGCCAAGUUCAAGUUCCCUGGCCGCCAAAAGAUCAUUGAGAGCAGAAAGUGGGGCUUCACCAAGUUCAGCCGUGCUGAUUACCUGAGGUACAAGAGUGAGGGUAGAAUUAUGCCUGAUGGUGUUAACGCUAAGCUGCUUGGUAACCAUGGCCGACUUGAGAAGCGUGCUCCCGGGAAGGCUUUCCUAGAAGCCGUCGCUUAAGCUGCCUGGGCUUCUACAGCGGGAUGUUUUGCUUUAGCUUAUCUUGUUUUGCUUUCUGGAACAGGAACUAAGUGUUUUUGGUAUUACAGAGCCCUGUUUGAAUUGGCGUUAUGCGGUUGAAUUAGUUAUCUUGUGUCGUAUUUGAUUGAGAAUGUGCUGCUGCUGAAUGCCCCUAUCGAGGAUUAUGGUUCUGAAUC